CGGCCCGGGACUCGGGGUGCGGCGCCUGGCAGCCUGGGGGAGGGGCGUGUGGGGAGGUGAGAUCUGGCUGAGCGGAGUAAGGUGCCGUCCCAGCGUUCGGGCUACGAGCAGCUGCCGCGCUCGGGGCUUGGAAGUGGUACAAUCAUGUUUGAAAUUAAGAAGAUCUGCUGCAUCGGUGCAGGUUAUGUUGGAGGACCCACAUGUAGUGUCAUUGCUCAAAUGUGCCCUAAAAUCAGGGUAACGGUUGUUGAUGUCAAUGAAUCAAGAAUCAAUGCAUGGAAUUCUCCUACACUUCCUAUUUAUGAGCCAGGACUAAAAGAAGUGGUUGAAUCCUGUCGAGGAAAAAAUCUAUUUUUUUCUACCAAUAUUGAUGAUGCCAUUAAAGAAGCUGAUCUUGUAUUUAUUUCUGUGAACACUCCAACAAAAACCUAUGGAAUGGGGAAAGGCCGGGCAGCAGAUCUGAAGUAUAUUGAAGCUUGUGCUAGACGUAUUGUGCAAAACUCAAAUGGGUACAAAAUUGUGACCGAGAAAAGCACGGUUCCAGUGCGUGCAGCAGAAAGUAUUCGUCGUAUAUUUGAUGCGAACACAAAACCCAACUUGAAUUUACAGGUGCUGUCCAACCCUGAGUUCUUGGCAGAGGGAACGGCUAUCAAGGACCUAAAGAACCCAGACAGAGUACUGAUAGGAGGGGAUGAAACCCCAGAGGGCCAGAGAGCUGUGCAGGCACUGUGUGCUGUCUACGAGCACUGGGUUCCCAGAGAAAGGAUCAUCACUACUAAUACGUGGUCUUCAGAGCUUUCCAAACUGGCAGCAAAUGCUUUCCUUGCCCAGAGAAUCAGCAGCAUUAACUCCAUAAGUGCCCUGUGUGAAGCAACAGGAGCUGAUGUAGAAGAGGUAGCAACAGCCAUUGGAAUGGACCAGAGAAUUGGAAAUAAGUUUCUAAAAGCCAGUGUUGGUUUUGGUGGGAGCUGCUUCCAAAAAGAUGUUCUGAAUUUGGUUUAUCUCUGUGAGGCUCUGAAUUUGCCUGAAGUAGCUCGUUAUUGGCAACAGGUCAUAGACAUGAAUGACUACCAGAGAAGGAGGUUUGCCUCCCGGAUCAUAGACAGUCUGUUUAAUACAGUGACUGAUAAGAAGAUUGCUAUUUUGGGGUUUGCAUUCAAAAAGGACACUGGCGAUACGAGAGAAUCCUCUAGUAUAUAUAUUAGCAAAUAUUUGAUGGAUGAAGGUGCACACCUCCAUAUAUAUGAUCCAAAAGUACCCAGGGAACAAAUAGUUGUGGAUCUUUCUCAUCCAGGUGUUUCAGAGGAUGACCAAGUGUCCCGACUUGUGACCAUUUCCAAGGAUCCAUAUGACGCAUGUGAUGGUGCCCAUGCUGUUGUUAUUUGUACUGAGUGGGACAUGUUUAAGGAAUUGGACUAUGAACGCAUUCAUAAAAAAAUGCUAAAGCCAGCCUUUAUCUUUGAUGGACGACGUGUCCUGGAUGGGCUCCACAACGAACUACAAACCAUUGGCUUCCAGAUUGAAACAAUUGGCAAAAAGGUGUCUUCAAAAAGAAUUCCGUAUGCUCCUUCUGGUGAAAUUCCAAAGUUUAGUCUUCAGGAUCCACCUAACAAGAAACCUAAAGUUUAGACAUUGCCAUUUUUAUCUGUGAUUUAUUUUGGUACUUCAGGAUAGCAAAUAUCUAUCUGAUUAAAUGGUAAAUGAGCCAAGUGUUUUUAAGGAACAAAAUUAUUUUUUUAAUCAUUAAAUUUAUACUAGCUAUGUGGGUAGUAUCAUAUCAGUAAUUAUGAAUCUAGAAUAUUUUUUACAUAUUUUUAUAAUAUUGCUAGCUCAGUUAUUAGAUGAGUAGAAAAUCAUCAUGUUGGUUUUAAUGGUGUCAAUUUUUAUAAAAUAAAAAUUAACCUUCAAACCCUUUUUACUUUACGAUUGUCCAUAAGCAGCACUUUAAUAUCACAUUGUAAAGGGAAAGGCACUCUUCAGUUUUCCUGGCCAUCGGUUCAUUUGCUUGUCAUUAAAUAUGUAUUUUCAAGCCAUGAAAUUCCUAUACUAAAUAACCUUUACAAGUAUAGUCUGGUUAAAGUUCUUUUGUUCCUUUUGUUUUAAUAAGAUGUGUCAUUCAUAUUUUUUUUAGACCAAAAAUAUCAUCACUGUUAAUUUCCACUCCAAGUAUUAAAAGGCUUUUUUUUUUUCCUUAAACAUGAAGAGAAAAUCAGAAGCAUGGUCAUUUCUCUCCCCUUUAUUUCUUAGUUUUCCUCACUGAUUAUUAUUUUUGUAGUCCAAGAGCCAAAAAUAUUUACCUUGAUUUUGCAUUUUUAUUUCUAUUUUUUUUUUUUGUCUUGCUGGCUGGUAGAGGGAUCAAACCUUGGACCGUGGUGUUAUUAGCACCACACUCUAACCAACUGAGCUAACCCGCCAGCCAAUUUUAUUCUUAACUAUAAUUUUUCUUUGUUCUUUAAAUAAGAAAACCAAUAUAAUCUUAUAUAUAAAUUCAAAGAAGUAGAUUUUACAAAUUAUCUGUAGCAUCAUUCUAAAAUAAUAUCUUUUUAUGUGUAUUUCCGUCUGCUUUUUUCUAUGUCUCUUGUUUUUUAUAUUUGCAGUGGUUGUUUUUACUUUUGAUCAUUAUUGAAAUAUGUCAGAUGUCCAUUUGAUGCUUGUGCUCGGCAGAGAGUAUACAAACUGCAUUAAACAGAUACAGGUCUCAUCCUUUAGGAAUUCUGCUGUUCGAUAAGAAGAGGGAGACAAUUUUAAAGAUAAAGACAGAGACAUCUGUAUCAGAUAAUAUAUACAUAAAUAAAACAUUCUGCAUCAACUG